AUGGCACCGAAUCCUUUUCUGCUAGCUGCAGACAAUAGCCCAUCUCUUCUUCCCUUGUUGAGAGACAAUCCAGAAAUUGCAAAAUCGCAAGACGAGCACGGCUAUUCCUUGGUACACGCUGCCGCAAGCUACAACCACCUUGAUCUCCUUCGGGCAUUGAUUAACGAGCUAAAUGUUGAUGUCAACAUCAAGGACGAGGACAACGAAACUGCCCUUUUCGUAGUAGAAACGGUUGGCGCGGCCAAGACUUUGGUCGAGCUUGGCGUCCAUGUCCAGCACAAGGGCCUCGAAGGCCUCACAGCUGCCGAGAGGAUUGCAGGCGACGCUGACUUCCCCGAGGUUGCGGCUUACUUGAACUCUUUGGACCCCGGACAAGCUGUUCGGCAGACUAGCUCGGGUGCCGCUGCACUACCAAUCGGGCUCGCUUCACCCCCGGAGGGCAUGCAAGUUACAUUCGGAACUAUAAAUGAAGCUGAGGUUCCAGCCGAGGUGGACUCGGAGUUUCAGCGUCGCAUUGAGGAGUUUGCCCAGCGCGAUGAUUUUAACACACCAGAGGGCCAGGCGGAUCUCAGAAAACUCGUCGAGGAUGCCAUUACAGACCAGGGACUUGGCGAGGAGAGAAGCACCAAGCCGAAACGAGUAUGA